ACCUUGCUUAAACCCUAAAAUUUUACUCAACAAAAACCCUAGCCUCUCUUCUCCAGUCCUUCUUCGACGCCAACAAUGCCAGGAGAGGAAGUUAACCCAAAGGCGUACCCUUUGGCCGAUGCGCAGCUCACGAUCACCAUUCUCGACCUUGUCCAACAAGCCGCUAAUUACAAGCAGCUCAAGAAAGGAGCCAAUGAAGCGACUAAGACUCUUAAUAGGGGCAUCUCGGAGUUCGUUGUAAUGGCGGCGGAUACUGAACCGCGCGAGAUCCUUCUACAUCUUCCCCUGUUGGCUGAGGACAAGAACGUCCCGUAUGUUUUUGUCCCGUCGAAGCAAGCACUUGGCCGAGCAUGCGGUGUCACAAGACCUGUCAUUGCCUGUUCUGUGACAACAAAUGAGGGAAGCCAAUUGAAGUCUCAAAUACAUCAACUUAAGGAUGCCAUUGAGAAGCUCCUGAUCUAGACUGUUAAGACUACUAUAUUCAGUGUGAUGGGCCUCUUCGAUCAUAGUAGUCUGCAUCUCUUGAGGCUUUGACUGAUGAACUUGUGCUUUUAGAAAGGGCUUUUUUUUUUUUUUUUUUUUCUCUGUUGAAUUAUGAAAAUUUUUAUUUGUGUGCAAUGCAAGAAAGAAUACUCAAAAUAUAUAUUUGCAUUUGUCAAGAUGAAUGAUGUUGAUGUUAUAAGCUUUAUAAGCCCACUAGAUUAAUGUGAUUUGUUCUCUUAUGUUGUUUCUGUUUCAAUAUUGUUAUCAAAACAAACUCUUUACGGAUGAGCUGAAUGUGAACUAUGCUUACACUAAAA